GCCUGAAGUGCGUCAUCAGCCACCUGGAACACAUCCGGGCAGGAAUAAAAGGGGCAGCCUUCCAGCAAUCGGAAGUCACUGAUUUGAAUAGAUGAAGUUAGCUCACCAGGAGGGCAAGAAAAUGAUGACAAGGUGUGAAUGGAAAGGAUCCAUAAAGGAAAGUGCUGCGGCCGUGUUUGAGUGCGCGAAUAUGGAGCUCUUCGGGACUGCUGUUCUGGCCUCGAUUGUCUUGGGUCUGCUGUUCCUGAUAUUCAGAAGGGACUCGUCUCGCUACAGCAAGAUGCCACCCGGACCGACCCCACUGCCUUUUAUCGGUAACAUGCUGCAGCUGGACUCCGGAGCGCUCUACGAAAGUUUUAUGAAGCUGAAAGAGACUUAUGGACCAGUAAUGACGGUGCACCUGGGCCCGCUGCGCGUUGUGGUUCUUAUCGGGUUCGAUGCGGUUCACGAAGCGCUGGUGCAACAGCCUGACGAGUUUGCUGGGAGAGCGGUGUCACCUCUGAUUAUGAAACUCGCCGGUGACUUUGGUUUGAUACAAAGCAAUGGAGAGCGCUGGAAACAAAUCCGCCGUUUCUCUCUGUCAACCUUGCGAGAUUUCGGAAUGGGAAAACGCAGUAUCGAAGAAUGGAUCCAAGAAGAAGCUAAGCACCUCACUGAAGAGUUUAGAAAAACCAACGGCUCUCCAUGUGAUCCCACCAUCUUUUUGAGUCGGGCCGUGUCCAAUGUCAUCUGCUCUAUUGUGUUUGGUCAGCGGUUUGAUUACCAAGAUAAAAACUUUAUUGAGCUGCUGUCUCUGCUUGAUGCAAAUUUACGUUUGCUUGCCAGCCCUACUGGAAUGCUGUAUAGCAUGUUUCCAGUACUCACUAAUUUAAUACCUGGACCCUUCAACAAGAUGCUAAAAAAUGUUAAUGAAAUUAAGCGAUUCACCUCAAAUAUGAUUAAUCAACACAAAGAGACUCUGGUUAGUGACAGCCCUCGAGAUUUUAUAGACAGCUUCCUCAUCAAAAUGAAACAGGAAAGGGAUAACCCGGCCACUGAGUUCCACUUUGACAACUUAAACAUGACAGUUUUCAAUCUCUUUACGGCGGGCACAGAUACCACCAGCACCACACUGCGAUAUGGACUGCUGAUUCUUAUAAAGUAUCCUCACAUCCAGGAAAAGGUCCAGAAGGAAAUUGAUGCAGUGAUUGGACAAGGCCGUGCUCCUGCCAUGGAGGACCGGAGAAAGAUGCCCUACACUGAUGCUGUACUCCACGAAGUCCAGAGGUUCAUCGAUCUUGUCCCCUUAAAUGCUUUUCAUAAGACAACAAAGGACACUGUCUUCAGGGGCUACUCCAUUCCAGCUGGUACAGUGGUGUCUCCUGUGCUUCACUCAGUGUUGUUUGACAAGACAAAAUGGGCAACCCCUGACACCUUCAACCCUGGUCAUUUCUUGGAUGAAAACGGCUGCUUCAAAAUGAACCCAGCUUUUAUGCCCUUUUCUGCAGGAAAGCGCAUCUGUGCAGGUGAGGGUCUGGCCAAGAUGGAGCUCUUCUUGUUUUUCUCCACCCUUCUACAAAACUUCUCAUUCCACCCCACAGAGGAUCCUGACAAAAUCAGCCUGUUACCAGAUUCCAAAUCGUUUAUUAAAGUUCCCUUGCCAUAUAAGUUUAUGGCCAUCCCAAGAUAUCAAGAGAUGGACGUUUGAGCACAGAGACACUUAAAAUGAAAGAACAUGCUAAAAAAGCAAGAAAUAGAUAGAUAGAUAGAUAAAUACUUUAUUAAUCCCAAGGGGAUUAAUCCCAAUCCUCAAUUUAAAGAAAAUCCUUGAUUUUUACCUUUUUUCUACAACUACAACUUUUUCUACCAUCUUAUUCUGGUACUAAUGCAUGUUUCUAUUUUAAUUUCUUUUGUUUAAUAAUUGGUACUUACUGUAGUGAUGUACUGUAAACAGUGCUAGACUGAAUCUUUUUAAUAUGAAGAUAAAAAAGAACAUUUGCAGUUUGGAUUAUCACCCCUUCAUCUCUCAAUUCAUUCUCAAUUAAAAGUCAUCCCCCAAACAUCCCUUUGUCAGCUGGAUUCUGCAAGGCAACACUAAUGGGCCACACACUUGCCUCAUGUGCAGCAGCUUUUACUCUUCUCGGAAUCUAGAAAUUUCAGCACACUUUGCUACAAAGGUCUUUAAGCUUUGUAGCACCUAGGUAAGAAAUAUUAGCUGCAUUUUUAAAGUUUUUGGAUCAACUUCAUAGAGAAAUGCUUACCUUUAAACUGCUGGUGAACUACUUUGAUGGGACUGUAAUAACUUUAUGAAUCAAAUCUGUGAUUUGUGUAUGCUUUGUACAUUUUAUACACUUUUAAGAAAAAGAACUUCAGAAAACCUAACAAACAGCCUGUUGUUUGUGCUAUAUAAAAUUUGCUCAUUUUAUUAAAUAGAUACAUUAACAGACAGCUUAUAGGUAAUUUGAAAAUGGCUUCAUGUCCAGUACUACAAAAUUGAAAGCACUUCCCAGUCACUAAUAAAUAAAAAAUAGUGACCAUGUCAAAUUCUAUCAUCUGUGCUCUGUAUAAAUAUGACAGAUGUAGCUCUAUUCUGCCAUCACCUCAACAGUCACUUUUUUAUGAAAUUCUUCGAAUUAUUUUUUUUUUGUUUCUUUUUAAAUUAUUGAUGUAUAAAUUUUUAUAUUGCCUGACAUGGCAAGAACAUCUCUGUUUUUUCAAUGUGGAAACCUACCAUGAAAACAUGCAAACUGCAGGCAGGGAACACCAGGGAUGUGACUCCCUGCAAGGCAGCAGCGCUAUUGCUCCACCACCGUGCCAUCCCGACAUGUGUAAUUAUUAACACUAUUAGUUAUUUAAAUGAAGUUAAGGGUUCAUCAGUAAAAUGUGACAUACUUCCUUUAGCACAUUGUAUCAUGAAAGUGAUAUUAAGUAUAAAUCUAAAGAUUCAAAAUGUGCAGAGAGCUGGAUGUGUUCUGUGUGGCAAUCGCUGCCUACCGCUGCUAUCAGCACAGACAGAAGCCCCAGAGGCACAUUGUGAUUAACAACUGUGUCAGCUUUAAGAUGACGUGCAUGACGUACCACUUUAAUAACAAAAUAAACUACAAAAUUAAAUUCAAAAUCUCCACUUUAAUCAUGAAAUAGACCUUUUGUUUCUUCACUGUGUUCCUAAUUAUUUUUUUUCUCUGUUGCUCAAAGUCACUGCCAUACAUUCCGAUGCUGUUGCAAAGCUGAAAAAAAAAGACAGGAGAGAAGAUGGUAUGUGAGACCUUUAAAAUGUAUUGUGUCUUUACAACACAAAAUAUGCAACGCGUCAAAGGAAAAGCACCACAAAUACAUUUGUAUGUGAGCAUUUUUCUUCAGUACAUCAAACCAUUCAUCAAACAUUGAAACAUGCAUGUUGAUCCUGUAGGAUC